UUUCCAGGGGGAGAACUCUGCAGAGAAGAGGCAAAGUUCAACAAGACCACAAAAAACAACCGAAACAGCCAGGAAAAGAAGAGCCCUUGCGUUAACCCUCUACCAGUGUUCUCUAAGCCUACCUGAUUCUGCAAAGUGCCACUUGACUGGAACUUUUCACCUGAUUGAUUUCUGCACCCACCAUGACUGAGAUCACAGCUGAAGGAAAUGCAUCUAUAACCACAACUGUGAUAGACAACAAAAAUGGAUCUGUUCCCAAGUCCCCUGGAAAGGUGCUAAAGAGGACUGUCACCGAAGACAUCGUGACAACAUUCAGCUCCCCUGCAGCCUGGCUUCUGGUCAUCGCUCUGAUUAUCACCUGGUCAGCUGUUGCUAUUGUGAUGUUUGAUUUAGUGGAUUACAAAAACUUUUCAGCAAGCUCCAUCGCCAAGAUUGGCUCUGAUCCUCUAAAACUAGUGAACGAUGCUGUGGAGGAAACAACGGACUGGAUCUAUGGCUUCUUCUCUUUGCUAUCUGAUAUCAUCUCAUCUGAUGGUGAUGAAGAUGAUGAGGAUGCAGAUGAGGACAUUGACAAAGGAGAAAUAGAAGAACCUCCCUUAAAAAGAAAAGAAAUACAAAAAGAGAAGGCUGAAAAGCAGGAGAAACCUGAGAAGAAAAUACAAACUAAAGUUUCGCACAGAGAAAAGGAGAAAGUAAAAGAAAAAUUAAAAGGCGAAAAACCUGAGAAGAAAGCAACUCACAAAGAGAAACUUGAGAAAAAAGAAAGAGCAGAGACAAAGAUGACAGCCAAAGAGGACAAGAAAAUUAAGACUAAGGAAAAGACUGAAGAAAAGGCUAAGAAGGAAAUGAAAGUUGGGAAACAGGAGAAAGCGAAACCAGCAGCUGCAAAAGCCAAAGAAACUCCUCCGAAAACAACGCCGAAAGCCAGAGAGAAGGAUGACAAAGAAACGCUAGCUGUGCCCAAGCAUGAGCAGAAAGAUCAGUAUGCGUUCUGUCGAUAUAUGAUUGACAUGUUUGUCCAUGGGGAUUUAAAACCAGGACAAAGUCCAGCUGUGCCACCACCAUCAUUGACAGCUUCCAGACCUACUUUGUCAACACCAUCACUGGAAGAAAAAGAAAAAGAAGAAAAGAAGAAAGUGGAGAAGAAAGUUACUUCUGAUACAAAAAAGAAAGAAAAAGGAGAAGCCAAAAAGAAAAGUGAGAAAGAAACUGUCAUUGAUGGGAAAGGAAAAGAGCCAGGAAAACCUCCUGAAACAAAACAAAUGACCACCAAACUCACGACACAAGCUGCAGCUACCAAAGAUGAGAAGAAAGAAGAUUCCAAGAAAAUGAAAAAACCUCCAGAAGAGCAACCCAAGGGAAAAAAACAGGAAAAGAAAGAAAAGCACAUAGAACCAGCAAAGACACCAAAAAAGGAACAUCCAGCUCCAAGUGAAAAACACAGAAAAGCAAAAGCUGAACAAGCCAAAGAAGAGAUUGCUGCUGCCUCAACAAAAAAGGGUAAACACAGCUGAAAACAAAUAAAGAAAGCUGAUAUG